UUGCCCGUCUGUCUGAGAACGAGGCUGUUGCCUCCUCCCCUGUCCCGUGCCCGUCCCCUCCCCUCCCUCCUCCCCCACCUCUCUCGCUCGCCCGCUGCCUUCGCUACCGGCACAUUCCGCCGCCCUACCAAGGCCUCAACCCACGGGAGCGGCUCGGGCGGGCGAGGAAGGAGGCCGCGCCAUCCGCCAAGUCAGGCGCCGGGCCCGGCCGAGGAGAGAGGGUGGCUCGCCAGGGAGCCGGUGCGCUGAGGAGACUCGAGCGGGCGAGGCCGAGAGGCGGAAGGAAGCAGCGCCGGGAAAGGGGGGCCCCGGCUGGGUCCGGCCUGGGUGAGGAAGGAGAAAGAGGAGGGAGGAGGAGAAGAGGCCGCGCUCCCUGCCUCCCGCCAUGGCCGACAACGAGAAGCUGGACAACCAACGGCUGAAGAACUUUAAGAACAAAGGCCGCGACCUGGAGACAAUGAGAAGACAACGAAAUGAAGUAGUUGUCGAAUUAAGAAAGACAAAGAGAGAUGAACAUCUGCUAAAGAGAAGAAAUGUACCUAAUGAGGAUAUCUGUGAGGAUUCUGAUAUAGAUGGUGACUUCAGGGUGCAAAAUACAUCCCUGGAGGCAAUAGUGCAGAAUGCUUCAAGUGACAACCAAGGUAUCCAGUUAAGUGCAGUCCAGGCUGCAAGGAAACUACUGUCGAGUGAUCGCAACCCACCAAUUGAUGACUUAAUAAAAUCUGGAAUAUUACCCAUAUUAGUGCAUUGUCUUGAAAGAGAUGACAAUCCAUCUUUACAGUUUGAAGCAGCAUGGGCAUUGACAAAUAUUGCGUCUGGAACCUCUGAACAAACACAGGCUGUAGUUCAAUCCAAUGCUGUCCCACUCUUUUUGAGGCUUCUGCAUUCACCCCAUCAAAAUGUCUGUGAACAGGCAGUGUGGGCCUUAGGCAAUAUCAUAGGUGAUGGGCCCCAGUGUAGAGAUUAUGUAAUUAGCCUUGGAGUGGUGAAGCCUCUGCUGUCGUUCAUCAGCCCGUCUAUUCCCAUAACUUUCUUAAGAAAUGUUACUUGGGUAAUGGUCAACUUAUGCCGCCACAAAGACCCACCUCCACCAAUGGAAACCAUCCAGGAGAUCCUUCCAGCACUCUGUGUUUUAAUUCACCAUACGGAUGUAAAUAUAUUGGUAGAUACAGUCUGGGCCCUUUCUUACCUAACGGAUUCAGGCAAUGAACAGAUUCAGAUGGUGAUAGACUCUGGGAUAGUUCCUCAUUUGGUUCCUCUUCUCAGCCAUCAGGAAGUUAAAGUGCAAACUGCUGCACUUAGAGCUGUAGGCAAUAUCGUUACUGGUACUGAUGAACAGACACAAGUAGUUCUGAAUUGUGAAGCUCUUUCGCACUUCCCUGCCCUAUUGACACACCCCAAAGAAAAAAUUAAUAAGGAAGCUGUAUGGUUCCUAUCUAACAUCACUGCAGGAAAUCAGCAGCAAGUCCAGGCGGUGAUAGAUGCAAACCUUGUUCCAAUGAUAAUUCACCUUUUAGAUAAGGGUGACUUUGGUACACAGAAAGAAGCUGCUUGGGCUAUAAGCAACCUGACAAUCAGUGGAAGAAAAGAUCAGGUGGCAUACCUAAUUCAACAAAAUGUAAUUCCUCCGUUUUGCAACUUGUUAACAGUAAAAGAUGCUCAGGUUGUACAAGUAGUGCUGGAUGGACUAAGUAAUAUAUUAAAAAUGGCAGAAGAUGAAUCAGAAACCAUAGCCAACCUUAUUGAAGAAUGUGGAGGGCUGGAGAAAAUUGAACAGUUACAAAAUCAUGAAAAUGAAGACAUCUACAAACUGGCUUAUGAGAUCAUUGAUCAGUUCUUCUCUUCAGAUGAUAUAGAUGAAGAUCCAAGCCUUGUUCCAGAGGCAAUACAAGGUGGAACAUUUGGUUUCAAUUCAUCUGCCAAUGUACCUGCAGAAGGGUUCCAGUUCUAGAGUCGUAUUUUGGAAGUUAGGUACAAUGCAGCACUGAAUAAAAAAAGGUUUGAUCCAUCAAGCUUGGCUCAUGGGAUCCGCUGCUGCAUUAAAUCGGGAAAGAAAAUGUGAAGAUUUCAUUUGGAAUCACAGAAAAGCCCGAAUGAAGUCAAGAUGGCGAGUGGGUGCGAGUGAGAGUGAGUGGCAAAAUGUAAUGAAAAACUUCACACUGAAUGCUUAUAUAGGUUGUUCAAAGGAAAAAAGGGCUACAGGUCAAAGAUCUUCAGUGCCUGAGGAGGAACAUUGACUUAAUUAGCGCAAAUGUGGGGGGGAAAUGCAGUACUAUACCAUCAUCAAGCCAUGUAAGCAUAAAGGAGAAUAGGAUGCCCAUAUAAGUCCAAGGAGAAUGAGCCCAGGCCUUGCUAUGAAGCACCGUGUGAAUGGACAACAUUGAGUGAAUGUCUGGACUCAGUGCUUUGGGGCCACGUGUGUGUUUCAAAUCUGGGGCUCUUUGCUCAUGAAGCAGACUCCUAGUCUUGGAGUGGGGUGUGUACGAGAGUGUGGUUGUGAUGCUGUAUGUGAACGCAUGCAAGCUUGAUUUGCCUUCAGGGGGCUGAUAAUAACCCUAGUCAAUCAUCAAAAGGAGUGCAUAAGUGUUAACACUGGACACGAAAAAGAGACCGGUUUAGCAGCAGACUAUGGUUUUACUUCUGCAGCCUAUGUUUUUUUCCCCCUUUUUAAUGUAUGGCUUAUUACUAGUUGCUUGUAAAGUCAGAAAACUUUGAGGAAGGCUUCCCUGUGCAUUUGCACCAGAUCUAUGAUACAAAAAAAAAUAAAGCUUUCCAUAUCAUCAGAACUAAUUUGUGUAGACUUUUGCAUGAAAUCCGUACACAUUUCCCUCUUCCAACUAUUGUGUUGCAGUACACAAAUUGCCAUAAUUCUAGAAAUCCGUAAAAUAUCACCCUUUUUCAUUUUCAGAGAUGACAUAAAGCUAUUUUUGCAUGUGGUAAUCUACAGCAUAGCUCAUUUUUAGAUUUUGUUGAGUCUUGUAACCAGCUGUUUUUGUUGUGGUAGGAUAUACUGUGCUGUGUUUCAAUGUUAUUUGUUUUCAAACUUUGUUUUCUAUGAAAAUGAUAUGGAAACCUCAAAAUAAAAUUUGGUGCAUAUGUACUGCUGAAUAAAGAUUGGAGAAGAGAUGUGAAUAGAUGUACAAAUCAAGUCAUGGUUGGAACACCGUUAAUACCACCUAAUCUGUCCAAUUGUUCUAGACUUUUUAUCUUUAGAUGUAGGCAGCCAUGAACAAUCUAUUUUGAGCCACUUUAGAGAGAACUUUGUGCUCUUAACUUGCAUACAAAAUGCAAGUGGUUUUUAUAAUUGGAAUAAUACCUCAGUUUUGAGGUUCUGCACACUAAAUUAAAAGUGACAUUAGAAAUAUGUAAAAAAAAGAACUCUUUAUAAGGUGGCUCAUUGUAGGAAAUGCUGUGCCUUCCCCUUUGAGCACAAGUGUUGCAUGAACAACAGUUUGCUAUAAGAAAACAUACCAGGUUAGCCACCAUUAGCAUCUAUAUCUACCUUGUGUUUUUUUAAAAUCAGCUGGUAAUUCUGAAACGCAGUAGAAUGGAUAAAAAUUAUUUUGUGAUCAUAACUCUUUGUUGGACUAGAGUAUUUUUGCAGCAUUCCUUGUCAUCAGAAACAUGGUUAAAAGUUUAAAACUAGAUGCAGCAGAAAACUAGCUUGUGAAAUUUAUCCAAGUAGAAUGCAGGCUAGGCUGUCUUGGGGAAAAUAAACAUUAAAAAUUACAACAAUGUUA